AUGAUCAUGAUGCCUGAUAGGGUGCAGAAUAGAAGGGCGAGCGAUACCAGCGAGGGAAUCGAAGGAGGACAGACCGUGGCUUUAUCCACUAGACUGAAUGAGAUUCAGCAUGGGUUCAAGUCUGGUACCAUGGCUGUGUUUCUGCUUUCGAAAGUACAGCCCCGUCCCACCGUGAGCUGGGCUGCAGACCGUAAGAUGGUUUACCCAGAGCGGCUUUUGAUGUCUGACACGAGCAAGCUUUUUUGGAACACUGCCGAUGAUGACCUUGGCAUGGGAACAAAAGUUGGGAAUUGCCAAUCAACGAAAUCGCUCAAGCAGAACUGCGAGAGUGAGGUUUCCUCUUCAGGUCUAGAAUCCUCUUCUCUCCUUACAUCUCCAACAUCAUCAUUUGAACAUCCCACAACACGCAUUCACUCCGCGAAUAUUUCAAGACCAGAACAAGUCAAACGCGCAGACUUAUCGGACGCUACGUAUCCCUGUCGGCCCGUUCGUCACACCACGGCGCAAACCGAGUCGGAAAUCGACGCAACGAUUGGCGAGAAUCGCCAGAUACAUCUCGAAACUACUUUUACGAUCACUUGCGAAUGCCUGCAGCCUAGUUCUCCACGGAAAAAUCACAGUAACCAAGCACAUGAACCAGACAAGACCAUGGAACCUCAGUCAAGAAUGAAGCGGGCAGUUGAUGGCGCAACAUCGACGCGUAUUCGAUAUCAAAGCCCGCCUUUUCGCUCAGAGGAAGAUGCUACUCUCUAUCUCGCGGAAAUCAGACACCCAGGUCCCCGCAAGCCCCGUCAUACUCAUCCGGAUACCACGGCGGCACAGGACCUUGCGCUUGACAAGGCAGCUGUCCUUGUAGAUUGCUCCAAAAGGGCCCACGUCUCACGCAGAGAUAGCGCAGUCGUAAAGGUCAAAGAUCAGGACGACGACUCGUCUCUCACCGACUUGGACUCAACCCCCGAAGAUGCAGGUGGCGAGGUCAAGCCAAGUGCGGGCACAAUCGCACGCCACGGACGAAUUUUCACCACGAAGCUCACUAUAAGAUCUCCAAUAACGAAAAGAGUGGACAAAUUCGAGUCUUCUGACGGCCCAACUCUUCUUACACCGACAAGUACUCAAUUGUCCUUCUCGAAUUUUCCGGCGAAUUCGCAAGAUGAGAAGCCCAAAGCGACCGCUGGACUUUCAGAAAACGCGUCCGUUUCGCGAGGCCGUUCUCCCAAGCGCUCUUUGGAAGACGUUGAAGCGCCGGAUGAUCUUCGACCGCCACCAAAGGCAAGCAAAAGCAUUCCCAGAGCAAGCUCCAAGGCUCGGCGGAAGUCACCAGCAAAAGCUCCCAAGCGCAAACCGGUGCAAGAAGGUCAAUCAGCUCACCCUCCAGCCUCGAGAGCAGUGGCUCCUCCAGUUCUAAGCACUGAGCCAGCUUCUCCACCCAAGCAAGUCAGGACCAAUGUUAAGGGCAUACUGAACAAGGAGGACCUUACCAUCGCCGGCACAUCCAAGCUAGAUCCAACAGCGCCCAUAGACUACGUCAAGGAGUACAAGUACAAGGGGAGGUGGUACGAAGUCAUUGGAGAGGAUCGUCCUUCGUGGGCGGAGGAUGAGCGCACGGUAACUCGCAGUGGCCCGGUACAGACGUCGAGACGAUCGACGGGAGCGUGGCGGAGAUCUAAGCUCAGCUUCACGAGACGCACCUACAAGGACGACACCAUCCAAGAGCGGUACAAGGAAUUCUUGGCAGAAUACACCGAAGCUCCCACAGGCUCCGACCUCCGCGGCUCGCUCGCAGCAAUGUUUCAUCGAGUACAGACCAUGAACAAGGGCGAGAUGGAAGAACUCGAAGCGUUUUGA